CCGAGAUAGGCCAAUUCCCGUCGGCGUGUUCGUUUGGUUUGAACGAUUUGCGAGGAUCCGCUACGAAGCACCAGAGAAGAGCGGCCCCGUGUUGAUAUUUCAACCUACAAAUCAAUAUUGAUGGAGUGGCAGCCAGAUGAGCAGGGACUUCAGCAGGUCCUCCAACUCCUCAAGGACUCACAGUCACCCAACACAGCCACACAGAGAGCUGUCCAACAAAAACUUGAACAACUCAACCAAUUCCCUGACUUCAACAACUAUCUCAUAUUUGUCCUCACACGACUGAAAACUGAAGAUGAGCCGACUCGUUCUCUGAGCGGUCUGAUCUUGAAGAACAAUGUGAAGGCCCACUACCAGAACUUUCCCCCGACCGUGGCCGACUUUAUCAAGCAGGAAUGUCUCAACAACAUUGGCGACCCCUCGCCCCUCAUCCGUGCCACCAUUGGAAUCCUGAUAACAACCAUUGCCUCCAAGGGGGAGCUGCAGACAUGGCCCGAGCUGCUGCCCCAGCUCUGCAACCUGCUCAACUCAGAGGACUACAACACCUGCGAGGGCUCGUUUGGAGCGCUGCAGAAGAUCUGUGAGGACUCGUCUGAGCUGCUGGACAGUGAUGCUCUCAACAGACCACUCAACAUCAUGAUCCCAAAGUUCCUCCAGUUCUUCAAGCACUGCAGCCCCAAGAUCAGGUCCCAUGCCAUUGCUUGUGUGAACCAGUUCAUCAUUGGCAGAGCCCAGGCCCUGAUGGACAACAUUGACACCUUCAUAGAGAGUCUGUUUGCGCUGGCAGCAGAUGACGACUCCGAGGUCAGGAAGAACGUGUGCCGGGCUCUUGUCAUGUUGCUGGAAGUCCGCAUUGACCGCCUCAUCCCCCACAUGCACAGCAUCAUCCAGUACAUGCUGCAGCGGACUCAGGACCCCGAUGAGAACGUGGCUCUGGAGGCCUGCGAGUUCUGGUUGACCCUGGCAGAGCAACCCAUUUGCAAGGAGGUGCUGUCCGGACAUCUGGUGCAACUGAUUCCUAUCCUGGUAAAUGGGAUGAAGUAUUCAGAGAUUGACAUCAUACUACUGAAGGGUGAUGUGGAGGAGGACGAGGCAGUGCCAGACAGCGAUCAGGACAUCAAGCCCCGGUUCCAUAAGUCGCGCACUGUCACCCUCCAACACGAGGGUGGAGAGGGCGAGGAGGGUGAGGACAUAGAAGAAGAUGACGAUGAUGAUGACGACACUCUGUCUGACUGGAAUCUGCGAAAGUGUUCGGCGGCAGCAUUGGAUGUCCUGGCCAACGUGUUUCGUGAUGAGCUACUGCCCCACCUCCUGCCACUGCUGAAAGGCCUGCUCUUCCACCCUGACUGGGUUAUCAAGGAGUCUGGCAUCCUGGUCCUGGGAGCUAUCGCUGAGGGCUGCAUGCAGGGCAUGGUGCCCUACCUGCCGGAGCUAAUCCCCCACCUCAUCCAGUGUCUGUGUGACAAGAAGGCCCUGGUGCGCUCCAUUGCCUGCUGGACCCUGAGUCGCUAUGCACACUGGGUGGUCUCCCAGCCCCCCGACUCCCACCUCAAGCCUCUUAUGACCGAGCUUCUUAAACGCAUCCUGGACAGCAACAAGAGGGUGCAGGAAGCUGCCUGCAGUGCGUUUGCCACCCUGGAGGAGGAGGCGUGUACAGAGCUGGUGCCCUACUUGAGCUUCAUCCUGGACACGUUGGUUUUUGCCUUUGGGAAGUACCAGCAUAAGAAUCUGCUCAUCCUGUAUGAUGCCAUAGGAACUCUGGCAGACUCAGUGGGGCACCACCUCAACCAGCCUGAGUACAUUCAGAAGUUGAUGCCCCCACUCAUUGCCAAGUGGAAUGAGCUGAAGGAUGAAGACAAGGAUCUCUUCCCAUUGCUGGAGUGCCUGUCGUCAGUCGCCACAGCCCUGCAGAGUGGGUUCCUGCCUUAUUGUGAGCCUGUCUACCAGCGCUGUGUCACCCUAGUCCAGAAGACACUAGCUCAGGCUAUGAUGUACAACCAGCACCCGGACCAGUAUGAGGCCCCUGACAAAGAUUUUAUGAUUGUGGCCCUGGACCUACUGAGUGGACUGGCUGAGGGUUUGGGGGGCCAUGUGGAGCAGCUGGUGGCUCGAUCCAACAUCAUGACCCUGCUUUUCCAGUGCAUGCAGGAUAGUAUGCCUGAGGUGAGGCAAAGUUCCUUUGCUCUGCUGGGUGAUCUAACCAAGGCCUGCUUCCCUCAUGUUAAGCCCUGUAUCGCUGAGUUCAUGCCCAUCCUGGGUCUCAACCUGAACCCAGAGUUCAUCUCGGUGUGUAACAAUGCCACCUGGGCCAUAGGAGAGAUCUCCAUGCAGAUGGGUGCAGAAAUGCAGCCCUAUGUGAGCAUGGUUCUGCCCCACCUGGUGGAGAUCAUCAACAGACCCAACACCCCCAAAACCCUGCUGGAAAACACAGCCAUUACUAUUGGCAGACUGGGUUACGUCUGUCCCCAGGAGGUGGCGCCACAGCUGCAGCAGUUCAUCAGACCAUGGUGUACAUCAUUGAGGAAUAUCCGAGAUAAUGAGGAAAAGGAUUCAGCGUUCCGGGGAAUCUGCAUGAUGAUCGGAGUCAACCCCGGAGGAGUGGUGCAGGACUUCAUCUUCUUCUGUGAUGCUGUUGCUUCCUGGGUCAACCCCAAGGAUGAUCUGAGAGACAUGUUUUAUAAGAUCCUUCACGGCUUCAAGGACCAGGUAGGAGAGGAGAACUGGCAGCAGUUCUCUGAGCAGUUCCCUCCUCUGUUGAAGGAGCGCCUAUCGGCCUGCUACGGGGUUUAGCCCAACCUCCCCACGGUCCACACAGGACACAGACCUGUUAGGUUAAUCUAGGGGAGGGUUACUGGGGAACUCAUCCAUCUGUGUAAUUGCACUGCCCAGAUCGUGGGGAGAAAGAAGAGAGGAAGGGACGCGACUGGCCUUGACCCUCCACUCUGUGGAUUGGCCCCCUUUCCCCCGCGCCCUGUGUGUCUCUGAGAGGGUGGGUGGGAGGAGGGUGGUGGGUUUGGGAGGGUAAACUGGGGAUAUUACAUAUACCUCUUGGAUUAAAUGCCUCACUAAAUCCGACACACUCAAAAAAUGACUUUUCGCCAACACCACAGGGAUCUUAGGUUAGGUGUAGGCAAAAGGGGCUAGCUUUGGCCUCCCCCUCCUGUGAUUGAUAAUUCUAUUGAGAUAGAUGAAAGCUGGGAGCGGGGUGGCAGAUAGGUACAUUUAAAGAAAUUAUCUGAACCAGCAUAGGGUGCCACAGUUAACAAUGCCGCAGUGCACAUAGUAAGUAGAAUGGCACACAUAAAUAGACUUGUUGAAACAAGGCAGCUCUCUGCCCUGACGGAGUGGUCCUGUACACAGGAAAAAAAGUCACAUUAGGUCUGUUGUUCCUUCUCGAGUUUUACCACCACAGUACCUGCUCCUUUCUUUCAAGACUCAUUACCUUGUAAUGCUGAAUCUGCAAUUUGUCAUUUUACUUGCUGAAAUAAGGGAAUGAGAGAGUUAUUGCAUGGCAUAUGAUCACCUCCUGUUAAGUGGCGCAUGUUUGAGUGAAUGUCUGUCCUGUUGCUCAUUUAUUUACAACUUGAUUACCUACGAUGGCAGGAGGAGGCUGCCAUAAUUUGAAGCUGUCAGAUGCUUGGGUCUUUUGCCCUCCCAUUCAAUACAGAUUGUGCGAUCAGUCCCCAUUUGUCCCCAUAGAUAAAAAAUGGAGGUUGUGUGUUAAGAUCCACUAUAGGUAGAUUAAUACAGGGUUCAGCUUAUAUCUGAUUGUUAGGAGAAUCACUCACCACAACAAGAAUUCAAAUACUGUAGGUGAGGUGAGAAUUCAUUUGCUGCUGCUGCUUCGUUGUUUUAGAGUCUUUACGAAAUGGACGUAAAGAGAGCGGUAAGGCAUCGGUAAGAGCCUAAAGUUAUAUGAAUUGGUUCUUUUCGAUAUAAAUGCACUUUCCUUUUUGUAAGAAAUUUAGAAUCUCGCUCGUAAGGCGCUCAGUAAUAAUAAUAUACCGAUCUUGAGGUAUAGUGUUUUUCGAUUAAGUGAUUUUAGGACUGUUAAUGGCUUGCUAAAGUAAGCGUAAUGAUGAUAUUGUUAAGCAAUGGUAAAAUGAGUAGGUAAGAGGCCUCUGUAUAUCGGGUUAGUUUUAUAAUGUAGCUCCUCCUAAAAUGGAUUAAUAGGAUUCAAGGGGAGGGGGGGACGUCUGAAUUUCAGUAUUUUGGAUCCAUGCCCCAGUGUACCUGCCAAUCCAGUGCUAGGGAAUGUCCCAUGCUUUCUGUUUGUAGAAUGACAGCUUUGUGAGGUGUGGAGAUGGCUAUUAAAACUUGACUGUUUCAGCUAUCAAGGUGUCUUUUUAAGGGACCGUGUUUUCUAUGUGCUGGCCCAUUAACUACACUGUAUGGAUACUUCACGUUACCUCUGGUCAUUUCCCAAUGCAUAACAAACUUUUAGAUUUUUUAAAAAUAUUUUCAGUUUCCCUGUAUUUUUUUUUUUUUUUUUUACCAUCAAACAUUCAGGUGAUCGACUUACCUUGAAUUUCUCUGCUGCUCCGGUUAACAUUCAUGCCUGGGUUUAGAAGUCAUGAAAGAUGGAAUUUAGUGCAUAUAUCCGCUUCUUGGGAGAAUUGUAUGUUCUCUUGUGUGGGCAUCUCUGCAUGGACGGCAUUUCUGUGUCCAACAGGGAGGACUGGUGCAUUCACAUUCUAUAUGAUAACUUGGAACAGUGAAGACAGUCGUCAUAUCUUGUUAUUUUAAAAACGCGGAGAAACCAAAUCAGCAUUAUUUGGCAGCUGACUCCGACGUUCCAGCUGUUGAGUUUCCCAGCAGCAUGUGAACAUACCAAAAGACAUGUAGCCUUUGCAUAAUACUGCACAACCAUAAAGUAACUUGGACGAAAAUAAACCUGGGCACGAUGUUCACUGUGAUAGAUUACUUAUCUGUAGCAAGUUCCAAGUCUUUGCAAGCUGAUUUUCAUACUGCAAACAUCUAAAGUAUAGCAGGCUGUAGAAGAUGGCUGGUAGUAAAGUAUACAUGCAUCAUAGUAAAUGGGCUAAAACAAGCAAAAACACCUAGAUGGUCCUUUUUAAUGGUCAUGAACAACAUUGCAUGCUUUUCAAUGAGUGUUGCUUCGUUUUUUUGAGUAUCAUCUUACAGAUUCCCUUUGUGGGAUCUGCCUUUAAAGAGCUUUGUCAACGGCAAUGCAGCUCGCUGCUGGACAAAUAGAGAACCUUUCCAGCUUACGAUCAAAGCAGUGCCUGUUGCUGCCGUUUGCCAUAUUUACACCCGUUGAUACUGUGCAGGAUAUGCCUGGGAAUACACUGAUUCUUAAUCCUAAUAGUUGUCCCCUGACACUGGUUAAGCAUAUGUGAGGGAGUGGUGUUCUGUAUCCAGCUUUAUCUUUUUGUCAUUGUCCACAGUGGACUGUUAUGUUGUCAUGAAAGUGUGUUUGGAUGUUUACUUGUCUGUGUUUUACUGUAAGGGUGUGUAUGCGAGUGCUGCUUAGACUUAAUUUUGCACCAGCUCUAGCCCAAGGUAAUGUCCUAGGCAUAGCCCCGUUAUGCUUAGCCCUGUGGCCACUUGGAGUAUCAACAUUUGCUUGCCAGUUACCAUCUCAUUUUAACUACCAGACGAGCCAUAGGUUGCUCAGAGCUCCUGAGAUGUUAGGCUUGGAGUAACGGAAAAUACCAAAAUCUGCUUUGCCUACUCACAUCUCUGAGAAGGCAUUGAUGUGGCUUUUUUUUUUUUUUU